AUGGCGGAUUUCUUGACUGCGGUAUCGACAAAAAAGAUCAAUAGCACCAAGCCUUUGAUUGAGCAAGUCGACAGCUCCAAUAUACACGAAGAUGCCGUUUCCAUCGACUCUGCAGAGACAGCAUUGAAAGCCCUGAAAAACCAGCCUAGUCGCACGACGGUAAACAAGGUUCUGAACUACCUGGCUGCUGAGGGGUUUAGUCUCCUACUUCCGGACCCACUCAACGCGAGCAUUGCACAUCAGCUUGUGAGCGAUACUAUUCCGAAUUACUGGAGAUCCAUCAAAGGCCUUAAAGAAUCAAAGCAGCUCGAGAGGAUUUUGCGAAAUCCGACAAGCCUGGGACAUAUCAUUACGAGGCUUCGUUCGCUCAUUGUGGACAGUCGGCAAAGAAAAGGGCCUGGUGAAGCGCGGAAUACGGCUGAACACAUCGUAGAUGCGCUCGAGGUGCUGGACUUGAUAUUACGUGGUAACGACACCUCUUCGCUCGUACUGCAGGAUGUACUGUUGUUUGGUAAAAAUGUCAUACAAAAGAAGCUCAUAUGGAAGGAGUACCUCGCGCAAGCUGCAUCAGGACGUCUACUGUCGAUUGCAGCGGAGGCCGAGGACGUGCUAAAGAAGAGUGAUGAUGCUCCUGAAAUUGCCAACUGGGUCGCAGAUGGCAAGCGAUACGCGGAAUGGCUCGGUCGCAAUAUUGCUGUCUUGCUCGAACGCAGUUCAGAGAGUGAAAAUCAUCUCUCUGCCACUGUAGAGCUCUGCUCAAAAGCGCUAGGACUAGGCUACACUGAUCACAUCAUGCAAUCGCUACUCUCGACGUUAAUCGAUGGUGGCGGUGUUGAGCACCUUGAGCGAUUGUUAUCUCACAUGAAGGCAUUUGAGCAACGAAAGUACAUGAACUCGAUAAUUGCAUUUUUCGCCAAAAAGUACUUCUCAACGGAAGUCGUCAGCAAGGAAGACACACCAAUCACAUCGUCCACAAUUGUAGAUGCUGCAGCUGGCUUACUAUACGCUCUCAUCAAAGAUAAUGACGUCCUCAAAGAGCAUCUUGUUUCAUCACUCACACGGUCAACGAUACCCGUACUAGACGACUCAUUAUCAACUCGACGAAGCGUGGUAGCUGCUUUGACCAAAGACCAGGACAAAUUACAUACGCUUUUGGAAAAUCUCAUCAAGCUUUUUGGAGAUUCCGUCUACAUUAGACAUACGCCGGUACUGCAGCAAGAGGCUCUUGCUCAGACUUUGGCACUAUGCAGCGGUUAUGUGAAACGCUCUCAGCCCAUGUUUCUCACCAUGAUGGCAAAGUCUACGUAUCAUGUCAACGGGAUGUCAAAUCGAAUUGGCGCAGCGUCUGCGCGAGCUCGUUUCUUAGGGAUCGCCGUUGGAGUUGCUAUUUCCAAGAUGGUCGACAAACCUGAGCUGCAGUUGAAAUUCGAGCUGGAAGGCACUGAAGCUGAAGAAGCGGGCUGGUAUCAACGACUCACUGAAGUUGACGAUAAGGUGGGGAAUCUCGCAGAUCUGAAGAGCCAGGAGAACACUACAGCCUUUACCAAAAAGGUACAGCCGAAGCCGAAGCCAGCGCCUAAGCCCUCGAAACCUUCAGGAAUCACCGAAAUACAAGGCCCACGGAUCGUUGAAGUCAUGUCUGAGGAUGAAGAUGAAGACGCCGAUUUGAUGGUGUACGAAAAACCAGAUUCUGAUCCAGAAGACGACACAGACGAUCCUACGGCAAUCAACCGCAAUAAGCCUUCAGCACCUGUCUAUAUCCGUGAUCUUAUCGCUGGUCUCCGCGACCAAGAAAACUACGACCGACACGAGCUUGCCCUGGCUACUGCCGCAUCUUUGAUCCGGCGCAAAGCAAACUUUGGAACCGAAGUAACUGACCAUCUCGAGGAACUCGCCACCAUACUUACAAGUCUGCAAGAUAACUCUGAGCUAGAAGGCUUUGCGCAACAAAGACAACAAGCUCUCAUCGCUGUAUUGCUGGCCAAACCGGCUCAAAUGGCGCAGUGGUUUGCGCGGUCCUUCUUCUCUGGGGAUUACAGUUUGGAGCAACGCGUGGCUAUGCUCACGACUCUUGGUAUUGGAGCGCGUGAGCUGGCUGGCAUGAACGAUAGUUCGGCCGAUGAUUUGAUACCCGCAAAGCCAGACUUUCCUAGCAAGCAACUUCCACCACAUCUCCACAAGAUCUAUGCGGAAGAGAACAAAAUGCCGUCUGUAGCCAGGAUAUCGAGUACCAUGGCGCGUGAAAUGCUUUCCCCAAUCGCGUCUCAAGCAGCCGAUCAACUCAGCGGCCCCAACAUUCUCAAAGUGCGGACCUUUUCUUCUCGCAUGGAAGUAGAAAAGAAAAGACAGAAGCCGAUUCCAAAUGCCCUUGCCCAAAUCGUGGCAGACAAUUUCUUUUUCCCCCUUACUGGACGGUGGUGGCUUCAGGUUCGCGCCAACAAUGAUUCCAUCUACGCCUCCACCCACCUCUUGCCCUAUUUUCUACAAACCCUCUCGAUCCUCCUCCACGCUUCCGGUCCAAACACUCUAGCGCUACCUCAGAUGACGCGCGAGUACUGGGAUCUCCUGCUAUCUGUACGUGGUCUUGCUAGUAAGGAUAAGAAUAUCCUGAAUGCGGUUUUGUUCGGCUUCUUGAUGUUACUGGAAACAAACGAGAACAAGGAGCGACUGGCUACGGAGCAGGGCAAAGAACUCAUGGAGACGCAGGCUUGGGUGAAGAUGGUUUUCGAUGGUCUGGGCGCUGGAAGUGAAGAGGAUGAGAAGUUGAGAGUACUGGCUGCGGGUGUGGUGGUCAAGUGUCAGGAUGUGGUGGAGAAGUACCAAAGGAGGAUGGCGGGGGUCCUGAUGGACUACUAG